UUCGAUUUCUUCACAAUUCUACAACAUUCAAAUCAAAUAGGAAAUUAAAGUCUUGCUUUUGGAUAAUAACGGUUGAUAUGAAAUACAUGGGCACACGUCCAACACUUUGAACACCUUUCUCAACUCAUGAGCUCUGAAACUAUAGAAGCAGAUUGGACUAUUACGAUUCAUUGGAAACAAAAAUUUCCUUUGAUGAGUGGCUCAAACACAUAGAUACGAACAUCAUUCAAUUUAAUUCAUAAUAGUGUAAAAUAUGAAAGGUGGAGCUGAUUCAACGCAAGAAUAAAUUUCUGUGUAUUUUAUACUGUAAUAUGCUGAAUCUCUUAGGCUCAUGAUAUUCCUGUAGUAGUCCAUUCUUACCUCGAGAUAACUCAAUGAAAAUAAUGAAGAAACUGGCCUACUUGAGCUUCUGUGCCUUUGCAGGACUAUUGCUUGUCUUUGUCCUUAUAAUUUGUGCUUUUGUUUAUUUCAUUUCUGACAAAGAAGCAGAUAUUAAGUUGAACUCUCAAGUUUCUGGUAAAAUAGUGUGCUACUUUGGUACUUGGUCAACUUAUCGCCCAUCUCCGUGGACUUAUACAAUUGACAACAUUCCAGGUAAUUUGUGUACUCAUUUGAUCUAUACGUUUGUAGGUUUCAACGAAACAUUUCAACUCAAGUAUUUGGACAAUCAAUUUGAUAUUGUUAGAGAGGGUUUCAAGAAGUUUGUCGCCCUCAGAGCCAAAUGGCCACGACUAAAGUUCAUUAUAGCUGUGGGUGGUUGGAGUGUUGGAGGCGCAUUGUUUUCUAAUAUGGUCAAAGAUCGAGAAUCACGAAAAUCAUUCAUUACAUCUGUUGCCACUUUUCUGACUCGAUAUAAGUUCGAUGGAUUGGAUUUAGACUGGCAAUAUCCAGGGUCAACAGAGCAUCAAGGAAAUUAUCAAGACAAAGAAAAUUUUGCAAAACUAAUCAAGGAACUACGAACUGAGUUUGAUAAACAUAAUUAUAUUUUGUCAUCGACUGUACCAAUAACCUCAUCUCGAAUACAAGAUGGUUAUAAAAUCACAGAAUUGGCGAGGGAUCUUGAUCAUUUUCAUGUCCUUACUUACAAUUUGAGGGGAGUUCGUUCACCUUUAGUCGAUGUGCACAGUCCGCUGUUUCCAAGAUCAACUGAUGGAGAAGAAGUUUUUGGAUUGAAUGUUAGGGAUGGUCUUCAAUAUUGGGCUUCAUUAGGUGUUCCAAAGUACAAAUUAGUUGUUGGAAUUCCUUUCUUUGGUAAAACUUUCACAUUGGAAUGCGAAGAAAACAAUGGAAUCAAAGCUCCGAUUAAUAAAACAUAUCACACGGGAAGACCAGGUGAAUUUACACGGGAAGCUGGUAUACUUGCUUAUUAUGAGAUUUGUCCAGGACUUUUAUUGAACAAAUGGACUCGAGAAUGGGAUGACGAAACUAAAGUUCCUUAUGCAUAUUAUAAAGAUCAAUGGGUUGGGUAUGAAGAUGAAGAGAGUAUAAGGUUCAAGAUGGAGUUCAUCAGAAAAGAAGGUUAUGGUGGAGCCAUGAUUUGGACUUUGGAUCUUGAUGACUUCAGAGGUGAAUGUGGGGAAAAUAACAUCUUACUUCGGACUAUUCAUAAACAUCUACGAGUAAAUACGCUCAAGUUUUUCACUUGAUCAUUUUGUAUUCCAUUCUGCUAAUCAAUCGAUGAAUAAAAUUAUCGACAUCAGUUUUUUAAACGACAGCUUGACGAUAAAGAUCGAUUUCAAUCAUAUUGAUUCUUUUAACUCUCUGCCCCAUGCUCAACACCUAAUGUAACAUCA